UCAAAUGCUGGAGUAAAAGUACCUAGGUACCUAGGUAAGGUGCCUACCAAGAACCACCAACUUACCUCGUGGUUGAAAGCUGAGAACGGACCAACACCUCCUCGCUCCUACCAGCUGGGCGAACCUAAAUAAAAGUACAACCUUGAGCAACCCGACGUCAGAGUUGUCGCUGCCCCACAUUCCCUCAACCCCAUAUACCUCACCUCGCUCGUCUCCUCUAGAGCGUUAUCCCCGAUAUGCUGCGCAGGCAGUCUGAAUUGUUCAUGGCAUUAUAACAAUGGACCACGCUGACUUGAGGUGUUUCGACGCCGUCUAUGUCAAUCCCGUGGUGGGCGUCCAGAGUCCGGCAAAUAGGUUCGGAUCGGGCAGCGAACAACAUGCAUCCCAUGCCCCGCCUCCAAGCGUGACAACCACAUUGACCGACGAGUCCUGGCAGGGCUCCGACAGCGACGAGGAGGAAUUUGAAGAUGAUAUCUUUGCAGGGCAGGCUGGGUAUGGGUUUGAUUCGGGAGCUGGUUCGAGCCCGACGCGCGGAUCGACUCGAUUCGCGCGCCUGCGCACCAACCUGACUGCCCUGUCUCAAGUCUACAACCUUUAUUUCGUUGCCUACCUGGGAGUUAUACAUGUCUACAGCCCAGAAAAUGCACCGCAGGUGCUACGCAGAGCUCCGCUGCUCUGCUUGAAACCGACGCCAUGCCCGGUCGCGGCCAUAACUCGGGGACAUAUAAGCGUGCCCAUGCCGCAUCAGGUCAACAACAUGAUCACCGGUAUGCUCGGUGAAUCCGAAGUUCUGCUCGCCGCAUUUGACGACGGCGAUGUCGUCGGCUACUACACGCAUCAAAUCGCAGAAGCAAUUGAGCAUGCUGCCCGGCGCUCAGCAGGCAAGAGUGCAGUAGCGGCUCAGCCACCAUACGAGUUCUUCCACCGUGGUGUCGGCAAGUCUGCAUGGGGCUUGGCCGUACACGCAAAGUCCCGACUCAUUGCAGUCAGCAGCAAUACGCACGAAGUGACGGUGUUCGCGCUCUCUCUUACUAAGGGACCAGGAACAGAGCAUCAAAUGCCACCGGAGCACGAGCGAUGCAAUCCACCCAAGCUCGGAGGCCUCGGUCUCGAUGCGCGCCAGCUUGAGUCCCACCUCAGACAAAGAACACGGGACUGGAGGAUUAUACUGCACACCCGCCCCGAAAACCAGGCUAAUAUCCCUAGCAUAUCCUUUUUGGACGACGAAAAUGGAGAGGGUGACAAGAUUGUGGCAGUCGAUACUACAGGCCACUGCUGGAUAUUUGACAUUUGGGCUUUGGGAGCGCCCAAUAUCUGUCUCUACCCCAUUGGAGUCGCUAGACCUCCAAGGAGCCCAAUAGGUUGGGGUGUCAUGACACUUCCAGACGAGCUCUUCCAGGAGGUAGAAACGGCUACUCAGUUCACAGGCCUCAAUCGAGAAGACAUAGAUGGAUUCAAUGACAAGAAUGGCCGGCAUGUGCUAGAACUGACUGCUGGCGUCGUCAAAAUACCAAGAAAUGCGGGUCGUCAUCUGCCUACCGGGAUUCAAACCUUGCGACGGACUCCGGUUAGGGAAGAUGUCCCCUUUCGAAUGCCGGAUGUGUUCCCGGAAGCCUGCGAGCAAGUUUGCAGCCCAACAGCCCAAGACGAUAUCAAAGAGAAGAUCCGCAUGAGGGACAGUCGCUGGUACAAACUCGGGCGUGUGUUUUGUGAGGACAACCAGGAGAGGGACAAAUUAAAGCCUAUAAAUAUCGAAUCGGAUCCCUUUCAAGCCGCCAUGACCAUAGUCCCAAGCUCUGCCUUGGUCUACCAGCACGAAAAUUUGAAACCUUGCCGUUUCCUCAACAGCGUCCUAUGCAGCAUAUCCAGAAAGCAACAUGCUGAGACCGUUCAUUACGGCAAGGAUGCCCAGAACCCCCAAGUUCCGCGGUGUCGAGGCUUUCUCUCAGCAAGUGUCAUCAGGCGAUUCUCGAUCCUUCGUACCACGGAUAUGGAUGUUGAGCUUCAUAAUCUCGAUACCGAGAAGACUGAUGUGCUCUGUCGCAGAUUACUUCCGAGCGUAUCUUUAAAAACGAUCCCACACUUAUCGGAUAUGCAGUAUUCGCAACGAAUUUGUAUGUUACACUGUAUACCGGAGCUGAGCCUGGUGGUGGUAGGAUCUUGCUGUGGACGUGUUGGUUUAAUUCGCUUGACAAAGGCCCGAGGCGGCGGAGAGUUUCGGCAUGGAUUCCGCACGGAAUGGAUCCUUCCACGAGCCGAUGAAGAGACGAAUGCGGAGUCCAUGGUCUGGAUGGUGGGCAUGGCCGUAUCUCGCGUACCGCAACCAGGAGCCAGGGGGCUUAACCUUUUCCCACCGAGUCCCUCGGCUACGGCCGCCCCUGGCACAGAUCAGAGCAUUUUAAGUCGAGGAUACAGCAAGAGCCGACCCUACGAUACCAUCGCCCGGUGGCGGCUGCUUUUGCACUUCAUGGAUCACACUAUACUCAGCUAUACGAUCGAAGCCUCCAAGCCCCAAGAUGACCAGAUGGAUGUCGAAGUGAAGAUUGAAGACGACUCGACUGUUAGCGAAUGACGAUCGGCUAGGUUUUAGAGCCCCGUUACUGAGAGGCUACCUGAGGCUGAGUCGCAUCGGGCAUUUCGGUUAUGGUGGACGGAUUUCAUGAGCGUUCUGUUUUAUGCUGCAAUUGGCGUUUGUGUGAUGCCUAUCAUUGUUUGCUUACUUCCAAUAAUUAAUCUAGGUCUAGCGUGGCGUUAGGAAUACCCGUACUUAAUAAUAAAAUAGUU